ACCCACCACCCCAAAAACCUCUCUAAUUCCUUACUUUGCUUCAUAUUGACCUUUCCUCUUCCCCACUUCUCCUCAGAUGCUCUCCAUCAACCAAAUUAGAGACCAGUUUCUCUUUCUUAACAUCUGUCUUCACUCCAAACCCCAAAAACCUCCAUUCCGUCUCACCUAAGAAAUGAGCAACCACCGAACCCACUUAACAGAAUCCGGUCAAAAGUCACCGGGUUCCAGUCAAAAUUUGCCUGAGUCUGGCCAAAAGGCGCAUGAACCGGGGCACCAGCAGCUAAAGCCAAUAUCUGGUCAUCGAUAUCGCUCAUCCGACAUAGUACUCCGGAAACCUCCACCAACCAAUUUCUUUAUACGGUGCGGUGCAGUUUUCUGCAUAAUUUUCAUCAUUCUUCUCAUCCUUGGAGGGAUCAUCACUCUGGUCAUAUACUUAGUCAUAAAACCAAAGCACCCAUCUUUCGAAAUCUCGAGUGCCACCCUUAACAGCCUCUAUAUCGACUCCCCUCAAAACCUGAACAGUGAUUUCACUUUCCUUGCCAAUUUCUCUAAUCCCAAUCGAAAAAUUGACAUCCAGUAUGAAUAUUUGAGCUUGGAUUUAUACUUUGGAGACACCCUUAUUGCUACUCAGGCCAUUAAUCCUUUCUUUCAGAAGAGGGGGGUGUUGAGCUUGGCUUCUGUUCAGAUGAUAUCAAGUGAGGUUUAUUUGAGUCAGAGCUUGGCUAAGGAACUUAGGAAUCAAAUUCAGAACAACAGGAUCACCUAUGAUAUUAGAGGAACUUUCAGAACCAGGGCUGUUUUCGGUAUUUCACAUUUCACGUACUGGUUGUAUGGGCGUUGCCGGAUUGUGCUUACAGGACCUCCUAGUGGUAUUAUUGUUGCUCGGUAUUGCAGAACAAAGCAAUAGAGAUGGUUUCACACACUUUCGUUUUUUGUGUCUCUCUCUUUGAAUUUUGUUUAUCUCUUGAUUUUUUUGUUCCCUCAUAGUUUUCUAUUUAUUUCAGUUUAGCGAAGUGGCUCGCUUUUGUUGUGAGGCCCGUUUUAGAUAUGUUUAUCUGCCUUCUCUGUACUUGUAAAAUUCUUUUGGUUGUAAAGAUCAGCGUCUU